AGACAUCUCUACCAAUAAAUGUGUCCUUCUACAGGGCUAAUGUUCAACCUCAAGCCUUAACAUGAAGACUGUCUUUGAUUUUGGAUCAGAAGUCGCUCUUAUUGAAUCCGGUCUUCAGUCUGAAAAAAUGACCAUUUUGCUUGAGAUAUUCAAGGCCACGUCUGGUUUGAUCCCGCUCUUGACAAGGAAUCGUUGGAGUGAAUAAGUACUGAGUACGGAGUGGCCGAAAUGGGGGAGUUCUAACAUUUCUGCUCGUUCCAAAUAUAGAUUUGUAGAUGGAUAUAUUACUGGGAGAGGGGCUUGCACAUGUUCAGUAUAUCUUCUACUGCAACUUUUCAAAGAACAUUCCUUGACCUUUUUACUUUUACGUAGUAUGGCACGAGAUAACGAGUUUGCUUCCAGCGUAAAUGAUCGUGGACGUGGAAGAGAUGGAGACAGGGGUCGUCGUCGCGAAGAUUACGAGUCUUCUUAUACCGGAACAGCAAAACAGCUAGAGUACCCAAGGCAGUCAAGACAGUCGGAAUAUUCUACGCAAGCUCCAACGUCUUCGGCAGCGAGUGCUAGACGAACAUCUUCUCAAAAGCCACAACUUUCUACAGCAAGCGCCAGGCGAGCCUCCUCUCAGAGGCCACCUCUUUCUGCAGCGGGUGCAAGGCGAGCACCCUCCCAGAAGCCGCCCGUUUCUCUUUAUGGUGGAUCUAGAGCAGGAGGCUUUGCAGAUCCAUCCGCACCUGCGUCGGAAGUGGGUACUAUUGCAAGCAUUGAUGGUGGGAUGCACAAAAGCGUUAGUGUGGUGGGUAGGGAAAUAGAAACAGCGGACAAGCUCAAAGGCAGGAGAGAUGAUACCGAGGCUCGAGAACUAGCAGUAGAAGAGGACCGUGAACGGUUGGCAAGAAGACAAGGUGUCCUUUCCGAUGCUCAAAGGCAUAAGAGAAUUAAUGACUUUAGCCAGAGCACAUUAGAUCGUACUGCGUUCGCCGGUCAACAAUCGUCUCGAGCUCCGACUAUUGUAACAGAAUCCUCCAAUGCAUCCCGGGGUACAGAGGAAGGCAGGUCCGGGCGACCCAGAGGACAAAGCACGGCGUCGAAAAGUAGAAGGCCCUAUCAGGAAUCAGAGCCCGUUCUUAUGACGGCAUCGAUUCAACAUAGGUCCAGAAGGCUGACAAUGGAACACAGUAGUAGAGGAGACACUACUGUAUCAUAUGAACACAGGCACCAUUCAACUCAAAUCUAUACAUCAAGUCAUGGUAGGAAAGAUGAGAGAGAUUCUUCGAGUUCUUCAAUCCACCCUAGAGCUAUCAAAGCUUCUGUUUCGGGUGUAUCGCAGAGCAGGAAUCAACCAACCUCCAUUACAGGUCGUUCUACGCGCGCCCCCUCAGUUUCUCGAGGUAGUAUUAGUGGUGAAUCAUCAGCGAGAAGUCGCGCGCUUGAGUUCCGACCGAAAGACUCACGAUAUGACGAUAGCCAGUCAUCAGCAUCUGCUAGUACGUUAAGACCUGGCACAGUUAUCAGAGACAGGUUACCCAAUAAUUUCCCUGAAUUUCCGAAUUCCGAAUCAGGUGCUAAAACCAUCUAUUCAAAUUCAAAUGCUUCCAGCUUGAGGAAACCUGCAGGCUCACUCGCUGGCACUGAUUUAAGAUCACAGUAUUCGGGAAGACGUGAGGGUUCGCACACUGGCAGUGUUUUGAAUCCGAUAUCAGCAGCGGGUUCCUCUCGUCAUUCACGGCCACCGACAGCUUAUCGUGAUUACCCAAGUAGUGCUACUAGGUCUCUUUCCCAAGCUGGUAGCCGAAGGUCUCGGGAUCCCUACGAUGAUCGUUAGAAUACUAUUUACGUAUAUCUAAUAUCACAAAGUUGGUGUUUUUAGUGUUCAAAACUGAGCAUUUUGGUCUCAUCUGGCAGUUACUUGUUAUUGUUUUUCUCUAGGCAUCUUUCGGCUGUAAGUUCUGGGAUGUAGUCAAUAUUAUACAUUAAUUGAGUGAAAACGGGGUCUGGCGUUUAGUUGUUAGCGUUUGGUAGUAAAU